AUGGCACUGCUGAAGCUGCAGUUCCCCCUGCAGAGGCGUGUGCGUCUGGCCCAGAGUCUGUGGCUGCUGUCCUGGCUGGCCGUGCUGGCUGGGGCCUUCACCUUCUCCCUGGGAGUGUACCUCAAGACUGAGCUGCUCCGCAGGGCAGAGGUGAUGGAUAACACAGAGAUCCACGUGGUGCCCAACAUUUUGAUGCUGGUGGGCUUGAUAACCAUCGGGAUCAACCUGUUUGCUGGGCGGGUGUGUCAGGACUCCCUGGACUCUGCCCGGUUCCCCCCCUGGAAGCCCUUCCUGCUGCCUUGGUAUGGCCUGGCCUGGAUGGUGUGUGUCUGGUUGCUGUCUGCUGUGGUGCUCAGCUAUGCCCUGCAGGGACACCUCGAGGAGUCCCUCAAGGUGGGCCUGAGGAACGGUAUCCGGUUCUACCGGGACACGGAUGUCCCGGGCCGCUGCUUCCAGAAGGAGACCAUCGACAGGCUGCAAAUGGAACUGCGUUGCUGCGGCAACACCAACUACAGGGACUGGUUCGAGGUGCAGUGGAUCAGCAACAGAUACCUGGACUUCACCUCUAAAGAAGUCAAAGAUCGUGUGCGUAGCAACGUGGACGGUCGUUACCUGAUGGAUGGAGUUCCGUUCAGCUGCUGUAACCCCGGCUCCCCUCGGCCCUGUCUCCAGAACCACCUGACUGACAACACUGCCCACUACAACUAUGAGCACCAGAGUGAGGAGCUGAACCUGUACAACCGCGGCUGCAGACAGGCGCUGGUCGACUACUACAUGGGCCUCAUGAACACCAUUGGCCCCGGGAUACUGUCGGUCAUCUCCUUGCAGAUGUCAGUGUUGGUGAGUCUGCGGUACCUGCAGACGUCUCUGGACGGCGUGGACCCGGAGAACCCCGAAGCUGACAGUGAGGGCUACAUCCUGGCAAAGGGGGUGAAAGAAACCAUGAUGGACGUCAAGAACACCAUGUUCAAACUGCUCCAGUUCGGACAGGUGGAAGCAGGUGAUGAGGCAGAAGCAGGGGCGGACGGCGAGAAGGCAGCCACGUCCAGCUAG